UUUGUAAACAAUGUCUGAGGAUAUUUGUCCACCUAGUGUCAACGAUACCGAUACACAGUUUAAAGUGUUGUUGUGUUUAACUGGGAGUGUAGCUUGCAUAAAGGCUUCAGAACUUGUUUCCAAGCUUCUAACAAAUAAGAUCAGUGUUAAAACCAUUGCAACUGAACAUGCAAAGCACUUCCUUGAUUUGACAACUUUUCCUGUACCAGUCAUUGAAGAUGCUGAUGAAUGGAAGAGCUGGUCCAAGAGAGGCGACCCAGUGCUGCAUAUUGAUUUGCGGAGAUGGGCAGAUCUGCUACUGAUUGCUCCCCUUGGUGCUAACACAAUGGCAAAGAUAUGCACUGGAAUCUGUGAUAAUCUAGUGACGUGUGUUGCUCGAGCCUGGGACUUGAGCAAGCCCCUCCUGUUUGCUCCUGCAAUGAACACCCACAUGUGGGAUCACCCCAUUACAAGGGAGCAGGUGGGGCGUCUGACAGGGUGGGGCUACAUCUACAUCCCCGUAGUGGAGAAGACACUGAUGUGUGGAGACAAAGGAAGUGGUGCCAUGGCUGAGGUGGAUGAUAUUGUUCAAGCAGUUAUUGAUCAGCGCGAUUCUUUAGAACACAGUCGCCAAGCAGUUAUUGAUCAGCGUGAUUCUUUAGGACAAAGUUUCCAAGAGAAAAAGAGGAAGCUGGAUAAUGAAGAAUGCUAAAAUAAAGUGUGACAUGACUCAAUUACUUCUUGCGAAUUCACACUGUUAGUACUGCAGAGUGCACACUGUUACUACUGCCGAGUGCACACUGUUAGUGCUGCAGAGUGCACACUGUGAGUACUGCUGAGUGCACACUGUUAAUACUGCCAAGUGCACACUGUUAAUACUGUCGAGUGCACACUGUUAAUACUGCCAAGUGCACACUGUUAAUACUGUCGAGUGCACACUGUUAAUACUGCUGAGUGCACUCUGUUAAUACUGCCGAGUGCACACUUUUACUACUGCUGUGUGCACACUGUUACUACUGCUGUGUGCACACUGUUACUACUGCCGAAUUCACACUGUUAAUACUGCAGAGUGCACACUGUUAAAUCUAAUAAAACACUGAUGAAUGUU